AUGGCAGGCAAUGGCCACCAGCAGCAGCUUCAGCUCCAGCAGCAGCAACAACAUCAAAAUCAAAAUCAACAAUCACAACAACAGCAACCUCCUCUAUCUUCAUCAUCCGUCAACGACCAGGACACCGGUCCUUACCUGCCCGAUCAGAAGUCGCCCUCGUUACAUCCCCAACAUCGCCGUGGAUACCAGGCCUGCGACCCAUGUCGAAAACGCAAGGUCAAAUGUGAUCUUGGCAGCGUUGAUAAUCCCCGUCCUCCACCCUGCGUUCGCUGCCGUCGCGAGAGUAAGCGAUGCGAGUUCUCCGCCACACGCCGCAAACGCAAACCCUCCGAGGUCGAGGAGGUUUUCGAGGGCGUUCUCCGACGCGACAAACGCAUGAUGGUGGGGGAAGCAGUCUCGAAUGGCUCCCCGAGUGAUGGCUCGUCCUAUACGGCGGCCGACCCGACUGCGUACGACCCCAACCAGAACGGCACUCGUCCGACACAGAAGUGGUCCGAGGGAUCCCCGGCGGCGACCACAGCCCAGGUUCCUCCUCCGUCGGCAACCACCCAGCCGUACCCCCCGAAUCCGUCGUCGACGACGCAUUUUCCUGAUGCAAGGAAGCCCCGACUGUCCAUGUACCCGUUGGGGGACCGAGCGUCGGCUCCAAGUUUCAGCCUGGAGGGAGGGCAACCGAUGAUGAACCGCACCGCCGUCGAGCUGCUAUCGCCGGCGAUCAGCAACAGUCAUGAUGCGCUGCAUCUUCUGUCGGAAGCGGCGGGAAGGACGGAAGACCUGAACCGACAGAGCCUUGAGAAUCGAUAUACCGCCCGACAGUCGGUCUCGUCGUUCAAUUCCUCCAUGUCCCCACUGACCCAGGCCGGGACGCCACGAAGCGCGGGAGGAUCGUUUUCGCGGCCUGCCCGGUCAGGCCCCAUGCCGAUGGGGACCUAUUACCCGGCGGCAGCCACGUCGGGGUCGGUGGAAUCCCAAGCUCCCGAGGGUCGUGGCCAGUCGGGUCCUUCGGAUAAUCCCCAGGAUCCUGGAUAUCAGGAUGCGGUCAAGGCAUGGUCCCGACUACGCUUUGUUCGUGCGGGCUGGCUCUCCGUCGAAGAGUCCAUGGCCUAUGUGGCAUAUUACUAUGAACAUCUUGCCCCUCUCAGUCCCAUUGUAAUCCCCGAUUUCUCCCAUCCGUCGACCCAUCGCACGAUGCUGACCGAUGAGCCGGUCUUGGCCGUUAUGAUCCUCACCACCGCGUCGCGACAUAUGAAGCCGAAAGGCGAUGGUGCCUACACGCGUGCCUUUUAUAUCCACGACCGUCUGUGGUCGUAUUUACGUGGUAUGAUUGAACGCCUGUUCUGGGGCCAGGAGAAGUUCGGCGGCAGUGGGACGGGCAUGAACAAGCCGCGGUCUUUUGACCUGGCUCCUACGUCGGCCAUGGUGAAUGCCAAGGGCAAUCUGCGAUCAUUAGGGACGAUCGAGGCUUUGAUGGUCCUGACAGACUGGCACCCGCGGAAUCUACAUUUUCCCCCGGGAGACGAUGAGAACGCGCUUCUGGACGUGGAUGCCCAGGCGCACGGCGGGCGUCUCGACGGUGGGUUGGAUACUGAGGGCGAGGGCACCGCUAACCGAUUGUCACAAAGCACGGGGGAGGGCCGACUGGCAUUCCAGAAGUGGCUGGAGCCCGCUUGGCGGUCCGACCGGAUGUCCUGGAUGCUCCUGAGCACAGCGCAAGCGUUGGCAUUUGAGCUGGGGGUAUUCGACCAGAAGAGCGAGUCCCGAUCGGCCGGGGAAUCGCCGGCGGAGCAAACGCGGAAACGUCGGCUUCGUCGGCUUAUUCUGGUGUAUAUCACGCAGAGCAGCGGGCGUCUGGGAAUCCCAUCGAUGCUGCCGCUGCCGCAGUGGGCCAACGAUAUCCAGCCCACCACCGCGACAGCUGGCAAGGGCGGCGAUUCUGCCAUCGACAAGAUGCAUGACUGCUGGAUUGGUAUCUCGAAGAUCAUGUACCAGAGUAACCAGCUAUUAUUCGCGUCGAAUGAACAAACGUCGGAGUUGAUCCGCAGCGGUCGAUAUCGCGACCAGAUCGACCGAUUCCAGCCGUUUCUACGAGAAUGGAGACAGAAUAUUGACACGCUGGACCUUGCUCCUGCUAUGAGAAUGAUUUUGAUGAUUGAAUACGAAUAUACCCGACUGUACGUGAAUUCUUUGGCUCUGCAAGCCGUAGUGGACCGCUGGACGACCAUGUCGAAUGAAGCUGCUCAGGCUCAGGCCCGAUCGGCCUCUGGAUCUUCGUCCAGCAAUGGAUGGUUCCACGUGCUCAUGGAGCUGUAUCGUGUCAAUGAGCAAUACAUCCAGGAAGUCGUCGAUGCAUCCCGCAAGAUUCUUCAGACGGUUUUGGACGGGCUCGUUCCCGGUGACCAUCUCAAGCACGCUCCGGUCCGCACCUGCUUCCGGAUCUUGUCCGGAAUGAUUUUUAUUCUCAAAACCUUCACACUAGGUGCAAAAGAGGACGAUGUCCGUGUUUCUCUCGAUCUCCAGGAUCGGACCAUGGAGGCAUUGCGGACCAACGUCGUCGACGAUGUGCACCUGAGCCAUGCGAUAGCCCGGCUCCUCGAACUGCUCACCACGAAUAUUCGCACGCGGUUCCUGCGAUUUGCACCUCUAGACCGUGGUGGUGACGGAGAGUCGCAGGACCGCACCACGUCUGCACCCGUAUCGCGGGCCCAGUCACCACGACCGCGGGAUGGAGCGCAGAGCCGACGGGAUGCCUCGAGUAAAGGGUGGACACCGGGGCAGAAUGCGACGCAGAACCUCGGAUACGUCGAAGGCGGUAGCAGUCAACCGACGGGAGGCUCGAUGAGCUCAGUGCACGACCCGCUGGCGGGCAUCCCAGCGCAGCCGAUCAAUUCAUCGAAUAUCAAUGUCUCCUUCAUGCCCCCACCGCCAUCGGUGUACCACAACUACUAUGACCCCAACUCGACGCCGGCGACGGGAGACCUGGAGAGUUCGACCGUGGCGUCGCAAUCCAUCCAGGAGAACGCCGGGACAUCGAGCGGGCUUCCGGACUGGUUCGCGCUGCCGUUGGACCAAUUCUUCAACAGUAGUACCGCGGUGGUGGACCAGGGUUUGGGAGGUACGGGGCCGAUGGUAGGCGAUUUUGAUAUGCUAGAGGUUCUCCUUAACGAGCAAUAUGAUGGACAUGGUGAACAUCUGGAAUCGGCUGGCGGCGGCGGCGGCGGCAGCAGUCUCCCGUCGCAGUUCCUGCAGGCAUAA